AUGUUGACUGUGCUUCAAAUAUUGACAGUUGCAGAUUUCCGUCAGUGUCCCCACUGGAUUCGAAUUGCUCUAGGGGUCGGAUGGGCUGGGAAUAUUGUCCUGCUGGCAGCUGUGAUAGCGCUGGGGCUGCGGGUUUUCCAGUUACAAGUCCCUUGUGAAGAAUGGACCAGAGCAGCAGUGAAUACCCUGCAUCGCGAUGGGGCCAGUCACAGACCCACCAAUGGAACUAAGUGCGACACUGGCCUGGAGGAUUUCCUGUCUCGCUUGAAACAAUUUCUGUGUGAACCUUCCUACAGCAGCUCACCAGAGGGCUCCAGGUGCAGACUCUGCCCCACGGAAUGGCUCAUGCAUGAGGGAAAAUGUUACUGGGCAUCUAAAGAGAGUCGAAUUUGGCACAAGAGCCAUGAUGAUUGCUCAGCAAAGAGUUCUCGCCUCCUGGUGAUCCAGGAUCAAAAGGAGAUGGAUUUCAUAUCCAGUGUUACACAGGACACAAAUCCAGUUUGGCUGGGACUCACCAUGACCUCCCCAGAGUGGAAGUGGACCUGGCUGGACAACUCCCUUCUAGAUCAAACACUGUUCCCAGUAGUUGGCCCUGGUGAAAGAAACAGCUGUGGAGUGAUAAAAGGGAAGCAGAUUCAUUCUGAAACCUGCAAUGCUGUUGUUAAAUGGAUUUGUGAGAAGGAAGCUCUCUUGGUGUAAUCAAAGGCAUGAAUGACCCCCUAUAUGUAGAAAUGAAGCAGAAAGAAGGUUUAGUUGUAAUCUGUCACUGGUUCAAUAGUUU